AAAAUAGUUUUUGUUGAGAGAUUGAGAACAACAAAGUUUAGAACAGUGUAAGUCUGAGAAAGAGAGAGAGGAAGAAAAAUGGUGCUAAGCGCGACGGCGAUCGGAGCCUUAUUAGGUUUGGGGACUCAGAUGUACUCCAACGCACUCCGGAAACUCCCCUACAUGCGCCAUCCGUGGGAGCAUGUGUUGGGAAUGGGAUUGGGCGUUGUGGCCGUCAAUCAGCUUCUUAAAUGGGAGGCUCAAGUUGAACAAGAUCUUGAUAAGAUGCUUGAGAAAGCUAAGGCCGCUAAUGAAAGACGUUACAUUGAUGGAGAUGACGAUUAGUGCAUGUCUUCAAGGAUUGCAUUGCAGCAGUUGGUGAAAAUAAUAACGUAAUGCGUUGUACGUGUUACCUUUGUUUUAUGGUUUCUUGUUGUUAUGUUUGUAAAGCUGUUGUGCUUUAUCCUGCUAAUCAAGCUAUUUUAUCAACAAGCUUCAGCAAGAGUGUAACUGUUAGAUGUUGUUAUGAACUUACGGCUUCAUUAAAAUUAUGAAUGAAUCUGAUAAAUUCUUUGGUUUAUAAUCACGAUAAUUGUGACAUCAAUA